AUGCAGUCUAAUUUCAAGCGCCGGAAGCUCGACCACUCGCGCCCCGGCCUGAGGCACGAUGCCCUCAUCGACUUUGAGGCGCGCAGCUCGGCCCGCGUUUCAACUGCGAGCACCUUUGUCCUGCAGACCGACGAGCUGCUCAAGGAAGCCAAACUCGACUACGGCAAGGCAUUGAAGGGCGUCGACGACCACUUGCACCGCCUCAAGGAGGCCAUUGGGUCGGCGGCUGCUCACGACCCUGUGCCCAUCACCGAGGCCACGGCCAAGUUUGAGAAGAAGCACCGCAUCGUCAUUCCUUACCCCGAGCCGAAGCCCGCCAAGGAUGCCCCCUACAAGCUGUCAUUCGAGAAGCCCGCCCAGUACAAUGUCGUGGGCAGCUACGUAUCCAAGUCCAUGGUCAAGACCCAAGGCCAGUUUGGCGUCGACAUGGUCGUCCAGAUGCCCAAGUCCAUGUUCCAGGACAAGGACUACACCAGCAUGCGCUACUUCUACCGACGAGCUUACUACAUUGCGUACAUUGCCGCCCACCUGAAGAAGGAGCUCGGAGCGUCCAUGGAUUUGAGCUUUGAGUGUCUCAACGAGAAUCCUCUUUUGCCCGUCCUCGUCCUGCGACCUGAGCCCGAGGAGGAGGAAGAGGAGGAAGAGCCCGAAAAGACACCCAAGAGCAAGGCGAGCAAGAAGAAGAAGAAGAAGUCUUCCACACCUUCAUACGUCAUUCGACUUAUUCCAUGUGCGCCUGAGGGACUCUUCCCCAAGAACAAACUGCUGCCGACCUCGAACAGCAACCGAAGCGGAGAGACCGACGACAAGAAGGCGGCGCAAUCCGGGACUCCGUUUUACAACUCUACUCUCAAGGCUGAGGAGACCUUCAUCUCCUAUCUUAAACUCCUAACCCACACCAAGACCGAAUGCCCAGCCUUCUCUGAUGCCUGUGCCCUCGGCAGGAUCUGGCUCCAGCAGAGGGGCUUCAGUAGCUCUGUGUCCAAGGGCGGAUUCGGUCAUUUUGAAUGGGCUGUCAUGAUUGCCCUCUUGCUUCAGAUGGGUGGCCGGAAUGGCCAAGCAGCGCUCUCAACUGCCCUCAGCAGCACUGAGCUGUUCAAGGCUGCUGUGCAGUUUCUCUCGACCACCGACUUCAACAAGAAGCCCUUCGUCUUUGCUUCCUCGAAAACAAAUGUCGACUCCGUUCGAGAAUCUGGGCCCGUCAUGUUUGACCCGAUCCGAGAGCUCAACAUUCUGUCUAAGAUGAGCCCGUGGUCAGCGAGUCUCUUGCAAACACAUGCCAAAUCGACGACCGACCUCCUAGCCGACGAGGCUGCCGAAAAGUUUGAGCCGACUUUCAUUAUCAAGACCGAUGCGCCUCUGCAGACCUUCGACGCCAUCUUCGAAAUCAAGAGCCCUGAUAUUUCCAAGUCAUCGAAGUCGCCUGACCGCCGCGGACCAGCCUGGGAUUUCAGCCUGGAAGCGCACAAGAUUCUGAAGAAGGCGUAUGGAAACCGGGCACAGCUUGUUCACUUUCAGCAGUCUCCAAAGGCGGGCUGGUCGCUGAGCUCCUCUCCACCUGCUGAGGCCGGCAAGGUCCACUUCUCUGUCGUCUUUGAUUCCAUGCAAAUGUCUCGCCAGAUGGAGCAUGGUCCCCCUGCAGAAGAGCAAAAGGACGCUGCCAGAUUCCGCCAGUUCUGGGGUGACAAGGCCGAGCUUCGUCGAUUCAAGGAUGGAAGCAUCCUCGAAUGCGUCGAGUGGUCCAGCAAGGGGCCUGUCGAGAUCUGCGAGGAGAUUGCCGCCCAUGCGCUGAAGCGCCACUUGAAGAUUGUCAAGGAGGAGCUGGCGGUCUUGGGCUCUGGCUUGUCCUCAGUCAUUAGAUUGACUCACUUGGACAAGGAGGCUUUUGAUGCGGCAAGACGGUCGUUCCAGACUCUCGAAACCGACAUCCGAAACCUGGAAGAACUACCACUGCAGAUCAGACAGCUCUCGCCUGUGUCACCGGCUGCUCGGUACGCUUCCAUUCAACCUCCGAUCUUGGGUUUCCACAACGGCUCCAUCCAGCCCAUCGACGUCAACCUCUACUUCGAGGCCACCAGCAAAUGGCCCGAGAACCUCGUCGCUAUCCAGGAGGCCAAAAUCGAGUUCCUCCUUGAUUUCGAUAAGCGUCUCACCGCUGCCAAGGACACCAUCACCACGUACCUAGGCCGAGAAAACAAGGACAUUGGCAUCGAGAACCUAGCGUAUCUUGACAUCGUCUACGACAACGGCGCGGCGUUCCGGCUUAGGAUCCACUGCGACAUGGAACAGACUCUUCUGGAGAGACAGAUUUCCAACAAGACGUUGGAUCAUCACGUCCGCGACGAGUCGGAAGCCGUGCUCGCCAGGUCCAACUGGUUCUUCGCCGCCCUGCCCCUCCACUCGCAAACCAUCGCGACAUUUUGCACAAGGCUACACCCUCUCUCUCAGACGAUCCGCCUGGUCAAGCACUGGUUCAACAGCCACAAGCUCUCGAGCCACAUUAGCGAGGAGCUCAUCGAGAUGUUCGUCCUGCACGUCUUCCUCCAGCCUUACCCCUGGAGAGCUCCCACCAGCGUUGCCACCGGCUUCCUGCGCACGCUGUCCUUCCUCUCCCGCUGGGACUGGCGCGACGAGCCCCUGAUUGUCGACUCCGCCGAGACCCUCACCAGCGAUGACCGCGCCGCCGUUCGUCGAGAGCUCGAGACGUGGCGAAAGCGCGAUCCCAACAUGAACCACGCCGUCAUGUUCGUGGCAACGUCAAACGCCCCCUCAGGCCUCGAGUACACCCGCACCGGUCCCUCCAAGCUCGUCGCCUCACGCAUGACACGCCUCGCCAAGGCUGCCUGCAAGCUCCUCAAGGACUCCGACUACACCCUCGACCCGGCCGCGCUCUUCGACACCUCCCUCACCGACUACGACGUCCUCUUCCACCUCUCCCCCAAGGCCCUCCGCAGCAUCCUCCGCGACGCCGCCACCGACCCGGCUGCGCGCCGCGUCUCCCACUUCAAGAACCUCGACGACCGUACCGGCCGCGCUCCCCUACCCGUCCGCGCACACCCGAUUGAUGUUCUCGCACAGGAGCUGCAGCGCGUCUACGACGACACGCUGGUCUUCUUCCGCGGCGGCAACGAUGACGAUGAUGCCGUCAUCGGCGCCAUUUGGAACCCUAAGCUGCAACAGCAGAAGUUCCGCGCUGGCUUGCCGUACAACUUCAAGAAGGUAGAUGGGGAAGAGGACGAUGUGGUCGAGGUGAAUCGACCAGCCGUAUUGUUGGAGAUUGCGAGGAUUUGCGGCGAGCUGAUCAAGAAGAUCGAAGAGGUGGAAUAG